UUAAAUGCGGGGCGGCGCGGUAGGACCGGCGCUUCUGCCACUCCCUGGCACUGCGCUCGGAACACGCAGCCGGCCGCCAUGGUCGAGGCUUUCUGCGCCACCUGGAAGCUGGUGGACAGCCACAACUUCGACGAAUACAUGAAGGCACUGGGAGUGGGGUUUGCAACACGGCAGGUGGGGAAUGUGACUAAACCCACUGUGAUUAUCAGCAGCGAGGGGGACAAAGUAGUGAUCAGGACUCAAAGCACUUUCAAAAACACAGAAAUCAGCUUUAAACUUGGAGAGGAAUUUGAUGAAACUACUCCCGAUGAUAGAAACUGCAAAUCAGUUGUGACCCUGGAUGGAGACAAACUGGUGCACGUACAGAAGUGGGACGGCAAAGAGACAAACUUUGUGAGAGAAAUUAAGGAUGGCAAAAUGGUAAUGACUCUCACCUUUGGUGAUGUGGUUGCUGUUCGCCACUAUGAGAAAGCGUAGAGUUUACGUGACCUCUGUCCAGAUGUUACUUCUGCUGGAUGGAUUAAUGUCCCGUCCAUAAUCGAACAUAGCUAAAAUGCACAUUUCUGGCAUGAAAGGUUAAUAAAGAGUUUUGGGAAUGUUUUUUAUAAAAAAAACCAACUUUAUGCCAUCAAAUUGGCAUGCUUGUGCUCUAUCGUGAAACAGGUUAAACUUGGCAUUAAAUUUCUGAAACACUUGCCUCUUUUUUUUUUUUUUUAUUACAGUAAAUGGAAAAUAUGUGAAUUGUUUUGGAAUGCAAAUCAAAAAGAAAUUAAAACAUUUUUUAAACCUG